UACGCAAGUCACUCUUUACUCAUCUCAAAGAUGCAUUUCACAACACUCGUUUCGGCUGCGGCCUUCACCUCUACCGCGCUAGCUGGCUACGUGCUCGAAGAUGACUACAUGUCGAAAGACUUCUACUCGGAGUUCAGCUUCUUUACUGGGCCAGAUCCGACGAAUGGUUUUGUCAACUACGUUGACCAGUCAAAGGGAAAAAGUAUGGGUUUGUUCCAAUCAGGCAAAGCAUCAUGGGGAGUGGACACCAAGUCCAAAGAUCCAGGUGGAAGAGCCAGUAUCCGUCUGGAGAGCAAAAAGACCUAUAACAAGGGUCUCAUUGUUAUUGACGUGGCUCACAUGCCAUUCGGCUGUGGUACUUGGCCCGCUUUCUGGACAUUUGGACCUAACUGGCCCAACUCCGGCGAAAUUGAUAUCAUAGAGGGUGUUCACGACCAAGAAUCAAAUGCCAUAGCUCUACACACGAGUUCCGGGUGCAAGAUCGGCAAUACCCUCAGCGCCUUCACUGGAACGGUGAAGACGCCCGACUGCGAUGUUAAGGCCGCCAAUCAAGAUGAGAACGCAGGCUGUGGUGUUGAUAUGAAAGACAAGGGUAGCUACGGCAAAGGACUGAAUGAUAACGGUGGCGGCGUCUAUGCUACUGAGUGGACGAGCGACCAUAUCCAAGUCUUUUUCUUCCCCCGCGGCAAGGUCCCCUCCGAUGUUCUGGGCGAUGCCCCCAACCCAUCAUCUUGGGGUAAGCCUGCAGUCAAGUUCGAGAAAUCAGGAUGCGACAUCGACAAGUUCUUCAAGAACCAGAAGAUCAUCUUUGACACAACAUUCUGCGGUGACUGGGCAGGUAACACUUGGAGCACAAGCUCUUGCAAGUCCAAGGCCGCAACCUGCAACGCCUUCGUCCAGAACAACCCCGAGGCCUUCAAGAACGCAUUCUGGGAUGUCAAGGCUCUAAAAGUAUACACCAAUGACGGCUCCGCAGCCUCCAAACCUUCCUCGUCCGCCGGAUCCUCCAAGUCUUCUGCAGCACCCUCCAAAUCCAAAUCUUCUGCUGCUGAGUCCAAAACUUCUUCGUCUGCAGCAGCCUCUAAGUCUGCAUCAUCAGCAUCGCCAGGAGUAUCGGAGUCUUCGUCAUCCGAUGAUGCACCUCGGACUACUACUACCACAAGACCAAAGCCAUCGACUACGAUCAAAACAUCCAGCAAGUCGAACAUUCCCCACCCAAACACUCCCAUCGGGCCCGGCGCAUCUCUCGUUUCUACUCAAGCUGGUAGCCAGUCUACAGAAGUACCUGAAAUUGAAGGAGACGAUGGUGCGAACAUUGUCUACAAGACUGUUCAAAAAACAUACUACGUCACUGCGGGGAGACCAAGGCCUACAAAUGUCAAGAGACACGCCAAUGCUCACCAUGUGAGAGCCGCACAUGAUGGCCACCUCGUUUAG